UGUGUCACUCCUUUCCCAAGGCCCAGCCCUCCUGCCAGGAAAGGGGAGCUACCCCACGACUCCAGCUCCCGGAGGCCUGGGGCUUGGAGGAUCACUCUGAGCCCUCAGCAGACAGCGACAGACCCCACAGCACCUCCAGGAGCCCAGAUUCCAGCAGCUGGAGAGAAGGCCCCGGCAGGAGCCGCCUGCAGCCAUGUCAGCCCUCAGCCUGGUCAUUCUGGGCCUGCUCAUGGCAGUGCCACCUGGCAGCUGUCAGCAAGGCCUGGGGAACCUGCAGCCCUGGAUGCAGGGCCUUAUUGCCGUGGCUGUGUUCCUGGUCCUUGUCGCGAUUGCCUUUGCUGUCAACCACUUCUGGUGCCAGGAAGAGCCCGAGCCCGUGAACAUGGUCAUGACCACGGGAAACAAAGCAGACAGGAUCCUGGCAGGAACUGACGGCAAAUACUCCUCCAGGGCGGCCAGCUUCAGGUCCAGUGAGCAUGAGAACGCCUAUGAGAACAUCCCGGAGGAGGGCAGGGUCCGCAGCACCCCGAUGUGACCCUGCUUGCCUGUGACCCAUGGCCAGCUCCCUCCUUCUCUGUAUAGAAACUGCGGUAAGGGGCUGAUUCCUCCAACCCCCACUGCCCGCCCUCCAGCCAAGGUCGGAGCUCAGACUGUAUCCAGGUUGGGGCUCAGCUGUGGCCCUGGGGUCCUGGGGGGGGGGUCUCCAAUUCAACUAAGAAGACCCUUCUGAAAAGGACGAUGGCCCAGCACCUCUCAUCCUGCCUCACCUCUCCUUCCCCCUGACGGUGGCGAUGGCCCUUAUUUCUGUGAAAUAAAGACACUCUGUGCUUCUGA